GUCGCAUUUUAGAUUGCGUUCAGAGAGGUACUAGCAAUGCGGUUUUCCAUUGUGUUUAUAUUAUUAGCGAUAACCUUUGAGAGAUCCCUGUCACAGCAUUGUGAGGUGGAUGAAACUCAACACGAGUGCGGAGGAUACUGUUACGGAGCUGUGAAACCGGUCCUGGAGUACCUCGCCAUCCUGCAAAAACGAGUGGAGAACUGCGAGGCCAAACAGCCCGCAGAUACUCUAUCGAAAAUCGCAAAAAUGGACGAAAAGUUGAAGACUCUAGGAAGAGUGUUGGCGAUCCAGCCGAAAUCGGAAAGGAGCUCCCAGGAAAGGAAACUGGCUCAAAUCGACGAAAAGUUGGCGGCUUUAGGAAGACAGAUGGAGUUGGAAAAGAAAACCCUGAUGAGACUUCAAAGAUUGGUGCUUUUUGAAAAAAUUGGUUCCAAAUACUAUUACAUAGAAAAUGAAAUUACAACUAACUGGAGAGAUGCAUUGCAUAAAUGCGGUGAGAUUGAAGCUCAUUUAGUGAGUCUGCAAAGCGAGGAUGAGAUGAAGGUUCUCCGCAGGAAGCUGGAUAAGAAUAAGAGAUAUUGGACAGAUCUGAACGAUCUAAAAACAGAGGGAGAGUUUAUUUCGGCCACUACCGGCUUGAAAGGAACCUUCUUUCACUGGCAGGAACCCGAACCCAAUGACAUGGAAAACUCUGAAGAUUGCGUCGAGAUAAGAACCUUUUCGGACAAAGAUUGGAUGAACGACCAAUCAUGCUUCGAAAGAAUUUAUUUUAUUUGUGAGGCAUCUUGGGAUGAUCCGUUCGAUAUGACAAUUUAGAUUAUAUUACAAGUAGUCUGUCAAUAAAACCAAUAAGAACAUUUACUACUCGUAA